UCACAGCGGUGUGUGUCUCUCGCUGACGACAGACGAUCGAAAUCUUGAAACGAACUCGAUAUUUGGACGGACUUGGGAACAUGGGUGUCGUCUCCGGGGGACUUAGUGACGGCGCCCUACUGUCGGACGGUACUAGGACGCUGUCAAAUGAAGGAAAUUUGCCUUCUGGAGUUGAGAUGGAAAUGGAAACUAUUCCUAUCACUGAGCCGGCUUUAAGAAAAGCAAGAAAACCAUUAGACAAUAAUAUUUACUCCACAAAGAAGACAGUUGCACAAGGAAUGAUGGAUUUAGCUUUAUUAACUGCUAAUGCAUCGCAGCUAAAGAUGCUUUUGAAAUACAACAUACAACGCACAUCUUUAUUUUUUAUACAGAUAUCCUGCAUAUCCAUUUCUAUAGCUCUACAGAUCAUUGUCGGAGUUUUACUAAUUAUUAAUUCAAGGUACAACAUUAAUAGACCUUCACAUCAUUCGAGAGCAGACCUUAUGAACAAUUUAACUGUGAUUGGAAUAUUUUUAAUUACUGUGGUCAAUGUGAUUUCUUCUUCAUUCAGUGACGCAUCAUGACAAAGAAGCUUGAAAUGUGUCUCCAAUUGAUAUACAAAUAUGUACUUUGAUAUAAAAUAUUGAAACAUAGUAUGAAGAUUUGCAACGUCAAGUCAUAACUCUCGACAAAGUGGAUUGAAAACCAAAACAUCAUUCGCAAAUAUAAAUAACAUUGAAUCUGAUUGAGUCAUCAAGUCGUAUUUAUGUAAUUUGUAGCAGAAUAAAUGCUUGUGUAAUUUAGAUUGAAAUCAAAUUCAACUGAAAUUGUACACAUUUAUUAAAGAUUGUUUAUUAG